AUGGCAAAACCCAAGAUAACUCAGGCGGACAAUACCCUGGAGACCAAGUUCAAUGCUGAGAGAGAUGAGCUACUGAGGCGUAUUUGGGAACUAGAAUCCCACGACAUGAAAAGCAUUAAGAAUCAUGCAGUGAAUGUGAUCCUGGAUCCCGACACAGCACAUCCCAAUCUCAUUGUGUCUCCUGAUGGGAAACAAGUGAAGUAUGCAGACAGAAGACAGAAUCUCCCAGACACUCCAAAGAGGUUUAAUAUCAACAGCAAUGUGUUGGGAAGAAAGGGGUUCUCCUCUGGCAAAUUCUACUAUGAAGUUCUGGUCAAGAGGCAGACUCUGUGGGAUAUAGGAGUGGCCAAGGAGUCCAUUAACAGAAAGGGACAGAUAAGAUUGGCACCUGUAUAUGGAUUCUGGACAAUAUUGCGGACAAAUGGGACUUAUAUAGCUGCGGAUGAUCCCGAUGUUCUCCUCUCCCUGAAGGGGGAGCUCCAAAGGGUGGGGGUGUUUGUGGACUAUGAUGCAGGUCUGGUCUCCUUUUAUGAUGCAGAUUGCUGGGAUCAUAUCUACUCAUUUACCCAUGCCUCCUUCACUGAGAAAAUCUAUCCAUUUUUCAGCCCUGGUGCCAGUUAUGGAGGUCAAAAUUCAGCUCCUUUUGUAAUCUUGCCAGUCUAUCCUAUCGACUAG